AGUACUAUUAAAAUUGGCAUCCAGGAACCAAGGGUCUGCCCCAAGGGCAUUAGUUGUCCAGGAUAUCAAAAUUGAAUGUGUGAUUCUCAUGCAUAUGUUGCACAAACUGAACUGUGAGGCUACUGCUGUUCAGAAUGGGAAAGAAGCUGUUGACCUUUUCGUUGAAGGGAAAACAUUUGACAUUGUUUUCUUAGAUAAGGAUAUGCCCAUAAUGUCGGGUCCUGAGGUUGUGGCCAAGAUCCAUGCCAUGGGAGCUAGUGAGGUGAAGAUUGUUGGGGUCUCAGCAGAUUUUGGUGGCCGGGAGGCAUUCAUGCAAGCUGGUGCUGACGUGUUUGUGCCCAGUGAAGCUUGA